AUGAGCUCUAAAAACAGACUUGAAGUGCUGAAACGACUUCAAAGAGCGCGCCAGAACAAGUCAUCAUCGAAGGAACUUUACGAUGAGGAUGACGAUACUGAGGACCAUAAGGUAUACGAUCUCAUAGAUGAAAAUGAGUUUCGAAACCGCAAGCGCCAAGAAUUACUACGGGACGAUUUUGUGGUUGACGACGACGGCCUAGGAUAUGUUGAUAGAGGUGUCGACGAGUGGGACAAUCGACACCAUCACGAUAAAUACUCUUCAGACGAAGAGGAAGGACAGCAAGCGGUGAAAGGUAGACAUUCUAAAACUAGUACGACAAAGUCCGGUGGUAAGAAUGAUAAAAAUGAAAACAAUGGAUCAGUGAAAGACUCUAUCGGUAACAUGAUUACUGCACAACACUCGAGAAAUUCGAAAAAGCUGGGCGCUCAUAGUAAAGUGCCAAAAAAGCUUGCUGCUGACGAAUUUGAUGACAUCUUACAGGAAUUUGAUGACGACAAAGAGACAUCUCUGCCAACAAUUACUUCUUUCAGCUCCAAAACUUCUAAGGAUAUUCAUCAGAGGAAGAGAGACAACCCUGAACAAUCGCCUGCACCUAAGGUGAAGAGAGUCAAAAUCGAUGCUGUUGAGAAAACUGACGAAAAGACGUAUAACCCCGUUGAUUCUUCUCCUUUAAGGUCAAUAAAGAUGAAGGCUGAUCUUGUCGACGAUGCGGAGUUGCAAGCCAUGAUUGACGAUGUCCAAAGUUCACCAACAAUUAUCAAAAAUAGAACUGCAAAGAAUGCUGAAGUUAGAAAAGAUGAUCUUGAAAGGCUCAGCGAUAAAGAUGACGAAGAGGAGAGCGACGAAGAAAUUAACAUCGGAAGAAGAACAGUCAGAAACGCAGCAGCGAUUAAAAGGAUAAAUAUCAAUGCAGGUUCAAACUCAAGUUCAUCCCCGUUCGUGACUGCUCCAGGAACACCUGUGACAAGUCAGCCGAAAACGAAAGAACCCAUUUUACCUUUGGUUCAAACUUUCGGCAAAAAAUACAAUCGCGAAGAUAUUGUUGAUCUAAACACCAAUUCGUUCAAGUUCUUUUGGUUAGAUUACGCCGAAGUCGACAACUCUCUAUUGUUAUUCGGCAAAACUUUGGUAUCUCAAAAUAAGUUAAUUUCUGCCAUGGUACAAAUAAAGAACCUUUCUCGUGAACUCUACUUCUUGCCUCGUGAGCAAAAAACUGCUGCAGACGUUCAUGAAGAGAUAAUCCCACUUCUGCUGGACAAGUACGGCCUCGAUAAUAUUCGAGCAAAGCCCGAAAUUAAGAAAUAUGCAUUCGAGUUGCCUGGGAUUCCUCAUGAAAGAGAAUAUUUGAAAGUUUUAUUACCAUACCAAACGCCAAAGAGCAGAAAUGUUACUAUACCAAGCGAUCUUGAAGGUGAUACAUUCUAUCAUGUUUUCGGCGGGAACACUAACAUAUUUGAAAGCUUUGUGGUUCAAAGAAAAGUGAUGGGGCCUUGUUGGCUCGAAAUAAAAAAUGCGGACUUUUCGGCGUUGUCAAAUGCAUCUCACUGCUCCGCAGAGGUUCAGGUCACACAACCGGCUAAUGUCACACCAUUGACAGAGAAGCAAGUUCCGGAGUUAAACAGCGUUGCGAUUGCGGUGCAGACGGUUAUGAAUCCCAGAGAGAAUAGACAAGAAAUUGUUAGUAUCACGCUUGCGCACUACGAAAAUUUGGCCCAAGAUCUGCCAAUACCCGAGGACCUCGCGGCUAAUGAUACAAUAACUCUGAUUAGACCGCCAACUGGCUCCAGCUUUCCAACUGGUUUGAUGCACCUCGGAAAUAAAGCUUUGCAAGGACAGUUACGGCUACUUAAUAACGAAAAGGCGCUUUUGAAUUGCUUUUGUGCAAUGAUGAAGUCUUCUGACCCCGAUGUAAUCAUCGGACACCGUUUAGAAAAUAUGUCGCUUGACGUUAUUGCACACAGAUGUUUUGAGCUAAAAAUUCCAACCUUCAGUUGUCUCGGGCGCCGCUCAAGAAAAUCGUGGCCGGAUAAGUUUGGAAAAAACCCCAGUAUGAACCAAUUUUACAUUCGGGACAUUUUUGGGGGACGCUUAUUAUGUGAUAUAUCUAAUGAAAUGGGUCAGUCUCUCACACCUAAAUGUCAAAGUUGGGAAUUGGCGGAAAUGUACCAAGUAACCUGCCAAAAAGAACACAAAGCUAUGGAAAUUAAUUAUCAAAGUCCCCAGUAUCAAAGUGAUGUUAAUUCAAUGAUAUUGGCUCUUCAAGAGAAUGUUACAGGUGCUCUUAUUUCUGCUGAAAUUGCCUUUAGAAUUCAAAUAAUGUCACUCACUAAACAACUAACAACUUUAGCAGGGAAUGCGUGGUGCCAAACACUAGGCGGAACAAGAGCUGGAAGAAAUGAAUAUAUUUUACUUCACGAAUUCGCAAGGAAUAACUACAUUGUACCGGAUAAGGAAACAAGGCAUACCAGAAAUCAGCGUCAGCAGAAACUUAGAGAAGAAGCCGGCGAAGAGGCAGGAGAAGAAAUACAAGUCAAUUCGAAGAAAGCAAAAUACCAGGGUGGUUUGGUUUUCGAGCCCGAGAAAGGUUUGCACAAUGAUUAUGUUCUUGUGAUGGACUUCAAUUCGCUAUAUCCUUCCAUCAUUCAAGAGUAUAAUAUCUGCUUUACAACUGUGGAAAGAGACCCAAACAAUAUUGAAGAGCUUCCCAACGUACCGGAUUCGGAGAUUAAACAAGGUGUUUUACCCAGGCUAUUAGCAAAUUUGGUCCAAAGACGUCGAGAAGUGAAGAAGCUCCUCAAGACAGAGUCAGACCCACACAAAAGAGUUCAGUGUGACAUUAGACAGCAAGCCUUGAAAUUGACGGCAAAUUCCAUGUAUGGUUGUCUAGGUUAUGUGAAUAGUCGGUUCUACGCUAAACCAUUGGCCAUGCUGGUAACAAACAAAGGUAGAGAAAUUUUAAUGAACACCAGACAACUUGCGGAAAGUCUAGCGUUGGCUGUUAUCUAUGGUGACACAGACUCAGUAAUGAUUAAUACAGGAUGCGAUAGCUACAGCGAUGCCAUUAAAAUUGGUGACAACUUCAAGAAAUUGGUGAACGAAAGGUACCGUCUUUUAGAAAUUGACAUCGACAAUGUUUUCAGAAAGCUAUUGUUACAUGCCAAGAAGAAAUAUGCUGCAUUAACAGUUGUUUUUGACAAAGAUGGUAAUGAAGGAACCGCUUUAGAGGUCAAGGGUCUGGAUAUGAGACGACGUGAGUUUUGCCCACUCUCCAAAGAGGUUUCAAUCCACGUACUUGAAACUAUUCUUUCCGAUAAAGACCCAGAAACAGCUCUACAGGAAGUCUACGAGUAUCUUGAAAGUAUCAAGGAGCAGGUAGAAGCUAACGCCAUUCGUGUGGACAAAUACAAGAUUAACACUAGACUAUCAAAGGACCCCAAAGCUUAUCCUGGCGGUAAGAACAUGCCAGCCGUGCAAGUUGCUUUAAGAAUGAGAGAAGCUGGCCGCGUGGUCAAAGCCGGCAGUGUGAUCACCUUUGUAAUCACAAAACAAGAUGGCAUGGACGACAACGAUGUUCAGCUUUCUCCAGCUGAGCGCGCCCGCGUUUUGAAUGAAGUUAUGGUUAAAAAUAAUAACCUGCGGCCGGAUCCUCACUACUAUUUGGAGAAACAAAUUUUCUCACCAGUGGAAAGGCUGUUAGAGCGGAUCGAAAGUUUUGAUAUUGUGAGAUUAAGUCAGUCGCUAGGGCUUGACAGCCGAAAGUAUAUCAAUCGCGCGGGAGCAAAUGGCGAACUUAAUGGUAGCAGUGGCAAUGGUCUGCAGCCAUUGGAAAGCUCUAUUUCAGAUGAGGAAAGAUUCAAAAAUGCAGCUCCUCUAAUACUGGAGUGCUCUAGCUGUCAUCAAAAAUUUCCCUUCGGCGGUAUUGUGGCAUCUAAGCGUUAUAGAAUGAGCUAUACUGGUAUUCAAUGCGAACUAUGUCAACAUCAAUUUACUCCUCUACAGGUGAGCUCUCAGCUUGAAAGAGCUAUUCGUUCUCACAUUUCAAUGUACUACGCUGGCAAUUUAAAGUGUGAUGACAGCACUUGUGGGAUUGUUACCAGGCAAAUUUCAGUAUUUGGUAAAAGAUGUCUAAGCGAGGACUGUAUGGGUGUUAUGAGCUAUCUCUACACCGACAAGCAACUUUACAAUCAACUACUGUACUUCGAGUCGCUCUUUGAUGUGGAUAAAAACAAGAAGGAGCUCGUGAAACCACUUUAUCGACCAGAUCAUCCUGACAUUCCAGAGACGAAACUGUCGACAUCCCAAGUCUUAGCCUUGGGCGAGCAAAACCGAGAGUUAUUCCAAACAAUGGAAAAAGUAGUUCAAAAAUAUCUAGACAACUGCGCCCGUCGUUACGUUGACAUGGGCACCAUUUUCGAUUUUAUGGUGACACAUUAA